AUGGUCACUAUACCAGUAGCAACAAAUUCGGUAGCUCAUAUUUUCACAGAUAAUAAUACUAAGUCUGGUUCCAAUGAUGGAAAUACUACUGAAGCUAAAAAACGUCUUACAUUUCCAUUGGAUAGAAGCCAUCGCCUUAGUACAUCACUGGAGCAGAGAUUUAGUUUCGUAGCUGCAGGAGCAGGAAACUUGGAGCAUCAGAUUAGUGUGGUCGCUGAGCAAACUCGAGAAAAAGCUAAAAUACUACAAAGAAAUUUAAUUCAUCCAAUAAAAUAUGAAGAAGAAAAUAUUACAUGGCCAGAAACGACAGGAGCUAAAAUUGAUGGACAUACACAUGCAAUGCUUUCUAGAGUCGAUUUGCAUAUUAAUUCAGCGUUAUCAAUAUUUAUCUUAUGGCUUGCUGCACUUGCUGUAGGAUCAUUAUUCACAUUAUGUCAUUUACCAAAUAUUAUCGGCGUGUUGCUAACAGGAAUAGCUUUUAAAAAUAUCCCCUUUAUGAAUGAUAUACUGUACAUAGAUGGAAUGUGGAGUGCAUUAUUUCGGAAAGCAGCACUAACAAUAAUUCUUAUGCGUGCUGGUAUGGGACUUGAUCCGGUGGCUCUUAGAAAAACAAAAACAACAGUUUUUCGAUUAGGUAUAAUAUCAACCCUUUGUGAAGGUGGUGCUAUAAUAUUUGCAGCUCAUUUCAUAUUUGGAGUUGGUCUUGAGAUAUCUAUAUUAUUUGGGACAAUUCUAUCAGCUACUGGUCCAGCAGUGACUAUACCAGCAAUUUUGGAUUUGAUGAAGAAAGGAUAUGGCUCAAAAUCUGGUCUACCCACUGCUAUUCUUGCUUCUUGUGCUGCCGAUAACAUGACUUGUAUUGCUGCAUAUACAGUUGCAGCUUCGUUGAUUUUUACGACUGUAAAAUUAACGUAUGAAAUUGCGAUGACUUUCACCACAAUCGUGAUAAGUAUAGUUGCUGGCUUUAUUGGAGGUCGUAUGCUGUGGGUAUUUCCUCAUGAAGGUUCACAUCAUCGGCACUUCAUUCGUGGUACUCUUUUACUAAGUGUGUGCUUGGCAUUGAAUUUUGGAACAUUGGCCAUUGGUAGUCCAAGUUGUGGAGUAAUAUCAACAGUAGUACUAAACAUGAUUGCAACCAUUAAAUGGAAACAGUCAAAUGUAAAGUACAAAGAAGCAGAAACUUUGGCGUUAAUGUGGAAUUUCUUUGCUAUGCAAAUCAUGUUUGGUUUGAUUGGUUUUGAAUUUGACAUCAAAAAUAUGAAACUUCAAAUUGUGCUCAAAGCAAUAAGCAUAAUUGCUAUAGGCCAAGUAGCUCGAAUACUUUGCAGUUUUUUCUUAUCAUUUCGAUGUGAUUGGCAAGUUGCAGAACACUUUUUUAUCACAUUUUCUUUCGUACCGAAAGCAACACUACAAGCAGCAUUAGCGCCUCAAGUUGAAGACAGAAGUAAAGGUUCAGCAAUGUACCACGAUGCUGUUCUGCUUAGGACUGCUUGUGUUUUGGCUAUAUUUUUCCUUGCUCCUAUAGGUUCAAUUUUGCUAAUGUCCUUAUUUUGA